AGUGAAACGUGUAAAUGGCCGUCGACCGUCGUCCUUCCCACGCUAUAGGGGGUUGAUGUUGAUUCAAUUCAAUCCCGGAUUUUCUUUUUCUCUCUCUGUUCCCCACUUUCUUUCUCUCUCUUCCCCCAAAUUCACACCAAUAAAACUCACAAAAAUCCAAAAUUUCCUGCAACAAAAAACCCUCUGCCACUAAUUAACCAACGCCAAUCUCCUCUCACUCUCCAUUUUUUAUUUAUUUUUGCCCUAAAUAAUUCAUUUCCCAUAGUUUUCAAUUUGACCUGCUCGAUUAAUCCAGCUGAUAUUUGCAAAAUCUGGAGUUUGCUUUUUGAUUUAAUCAUUUAUUUGCCUUUUUUUGUGAACUGGGGUUCUUUGAUUUCUCUCUCUUUUUGGUACGUCAACAGUCCCAGAUUUUGACCUCUCUGAUAUCAUCAAUUUCUGGGUUUAAUUUAAGCUUCUUAGUUUAAAGCGUGACUUCAUGAUAGUAACGGUCUAAUUUACUAAUUUCCCCAGAAAUCCAGUUUUGGAUUUGUGAUUUUUUGAGAAUUGGUGCCUCAAUUUGAUGCAAAGCUCCGUUCUUAUUUCUGGCUAUUCGACAUGUACCACACUAAAAAAUUCUCGACAACGAGCUUGAUGCCGCAUAAAACACAAGGGAGUGAGCCAGUUGCCAAUGCUGGAGCCAUGGGAAAUUCUUCCAUGAAAAACUCACCUCCUCCUGGGGGAAGUGGAAAACAACGACUAAGAUGGACUGAAGAACUUCACAACCGUUUUGUGGAUGCAAUCACGCAACUUGGUGGACCAGAUAGGGCAACCCCUAAAGGAGUUUUAAGAGUGAUGGGUGUACCCGGACUUACCAUCUACCACGUGAAAAGUCAUUUACAGAAAUAUCGCCUUGCUAAGUAUCUGCCAGAGUCGCCUGGUGAUGGUACAGUAGGUGCCAAGGAUGAAAAGAAAGUUUCUUUAGACGGCUUAAAUGCAGAUUCUUCCCAGGGAUUACAGAUUAAUGAGGCACUUAAAAUGCAAAUGGAGGUCCAAAAACGUCUUCAUGAGCAGCUUGAGGUUCAAAGGCAGCUACAAAUGAGAAUUGAAGCACAGGGGAAAUAUCUACAGAAGAUAAUAGAGGAGCAGCAAAAACUGGGCAGUGUCCUAAGAGCUUCUGAAGCGUUACCAUCAUCCAACGAUGAAGAAGAGGAGAGAGAAAAGUCGUUAGAUUCUCAGCCAGGUAGGGAAGAAGCUUCCACAUCUCCUCGGAAGAAGCAGAAGUUGGAUGAUUCAUCAACAAGCAACGUCGUUGAUAUACUCCCGGUUCAUUUAGAAAAUAGCCCGAAAAAGGCUCACCUCGACCAAUGGGGUCGUAGUCUAUAUGGCUGCCCUGCUGGGUUUGGGCUCGAUUUGGAAACAGAGUUCAAGAAGCAGGAAAACAGUGAACGUGAACGCGAACAAAGAAUUCCAUCGGAAUUGGAUUAUCCAGGUAGUUCGAAGUAGGGGCGGGCAGAAACCGCAUUUAGAAAUAGGGCUGGUAAUCUUGCAUUGCACACCUGUUUUUGUAAAUAGUAUUAUUAUUAUUAUUAUACAAAUUUGUAACAGUGUAAUUUACUUGUAGUUGAUUUUGUGUAAAUGAUCACACCUUUGAAGUUGAAGUGUCAUAUUUGGACUUUGGAGAUGAAACUUUUUGACUUGUUAA